UAAAUAAACAAACAGACUUGUUACAUGUGCUGUAGUGUAUUUACUGUGCAUCUGUGAUUUUUUAUUCUGCAUUUCUCUAAAAUAAAAAUAAGUUAAUUGUUUUAAUACCGUUAAUAGUUUAAAAUAAGUUAAUAGUUUUUUUUACCGUUUAGCAAUGCUUUAAUAUUAAUAUAUUCAGCUGAUUUGUGCACUUGCUAAGCAUUUCUGCAAAAUGCGAAUUCGAUUGUUGUAUGGAAUUUUUCAAGACAUAUCGUGUAUACAAAGACGAUAUAUAAAUGGCAGUGCUAUAAGAAUAAAUGAAACUCGGGCAACUUUUCGAACUAAAAAUAUUCAUUGUUACAGGACAUUGUUUCCAUUUGAUAAUCUCACAGAACUUGCUGAACAUUUGGUAUCUUCAAUUGUUUAUAACAAAAAUGGUUUAAUAGCAAUCAAUAAACCAUUUGGAAUCAAAAUACAUAGCCAUGACAAGCCAGGAACUCGAUCUAAAGAUGGGCAACGUUUUCUUAUUCCUUCAAUUCCAGAAUGUGACUUAACUAUUGAAGGUGCUUUGAGAGAACUGCAAGAACGCCUGAAUGUUCCUUCUUUGACUAUUCUCAAAUCAGCUGAAAGGUAUACAAGUGGCAUUGUUUUGCUGUCUACGGAUGAGCAUACUUCCAAUGCUGUUAAGAAGUCAUUCAAUAAAGCUAAAUUUCAAAAAGUACCUCAUUUUGUACAUUGGGCACUAACUCUUGGGUAUCCAGGUUUAAAUUAUAAAAAGGAAAAAGUAGGAAUAAAAUUUCUGGAACUAGAGAAUGAAGAAAAGAAACAGCCUAUAAUAAUUCAAGACCCUUCAAAAAAAGCAUGUCUACAGAAAAGAGUUUUUCCAGUUCAUGUGGAAUACAGAGUACUUUCUGUGAACAAAGAUCUUCAAACUAGUUUAGUAGAAAUUGCGUCUUCUUCUCUGAAAUAUCAUUUUGUGAGAAUAUAUGCCUCUAGUCAAAUUUGCAGUAUUUUGGGAGAUAUUAUGUAUUGCAACAGAAUGAAUACUGUGUUGGGUGUACCAGUCAAGGUACAAAUUGAACAUAGCCAUGCUUUUGAUUCACCACCAUUGCCAGAGAAGAUGACAAAGGCAUUAAAUUUACCUAAAGGUGCCACUUGUUCUGUAAUGCCUGCUAUGCUCCAUCUUAGAAGUAUAUUUUUGCCAUCAUUUAAAGGUGAAGAUCUUACAAUUGUAGCUAAUUUGCCACAUCAUUUUCAAUGGACUGCAGAACAAUUAAAAUUACUAAAUUGUAUUAUGUAAUAUAAUAAAUGUUAUUUAAAAAAAUAGA